GUUGCUUAGUAAUAUGGUUGUGAUAUUAUAGUUUUAUUAUAUGAUUUGAUGUUUUAAUAAAAAUCGUGAACUUCCACGUAACCAUCUUAUACGUAAAAAGAUCCAAUAGUGUGAUAGUUGUACAAUUUCAUUUAGAAGGUUGUAAACAUGAAAGCCGCUGCUAUGUCCGUCUGGGUUUUUAUCAACCUGAUUUGUUUCGGAAUGUGCGGUUAUCUAUAUUUGAUAUGGUCGCAGUAUUGGAUGUAUAUAGCGAAACAAAAGCUGUUUAAUAAAUCACCAGAAAUUCCACAGAAAACCAUUUCAGUGUCGAAUUACGAGGAUACAUACGCCGAGUAUAAAGUGCCUACGAAUUUUUCAAGUUUGAGAUUAGAGCCUAAUAAAAAGAAUCGAAGGUCUGCCAUCGCUGGCUUGUGGGGAAGUCAGCAAAUUACUCAGCCCUCAAUAAAGUUCGCUGGGUCCAUCAUCCGUCCGUCGAACAACGUGGUGAGGAAGAGUCAAGGCAGUCCUCGUUUUCCAAACAUACACACGCCUAUCUUAGAGUUCGAUAGCGAUAAGUAUAUCUGUGAUGAAAUGGACACGUCGGAGUGCGAAGCGCAAACAAGAGAAUUCAAAGAAUUACUUCUCAAGGAAUUCCACCGAGUGUUGAUGGGUGAUAGCAAAGUGUUUAAGUCUGGAUUGGAUUCGCAUAACUCCUACAAUGUCAAGUAUAAAGGCGAUCAUAGGAAGGAGGUUACUAAACAAGAAGUCUUAUGCAGUUUAAAGCGGGUGCAGGUGCGGACUGUAACUUCGAAGGAUGAACCAUUCCGACGUUUGGGUUUCAACAUACCUGGUGCUCCGUUGCUGCAGUCCCGAGCUUUCAAUACGUGCGCAGUCGUAACAAGUGCUGGAGCUCUUUUAGGUUCACGGUUAGGCGAAUUUAUAGAUUCCCAUGAUAUGAUCCUGCGGUUUAACAACGCGCCGACUGUAAACUAUACUGAAGAUGUUGGGUCCAAAACUACGUUCAGAAUACUAAAUUCUCAGGUUGUGACUAAACCAGAAUUCAAAUUUUUGGAAGACGCCCUGUAUAAAGAUGUUUCAAUUUUAAUAUGGGAUCCCGCAAAUUUUUCCUCGUCGUUAGAAGACUGGUAUCGAAAUCCCGAUUUUCCACUUUUUCCAGUUUAUAAAAGAUUACUCGAAGAAAGACCAGACGCCGACGUCCACCUGCUUCGGCCGCAAGUCCUGUGGGAUCUGUGGGCCGUGCUUCAAGACGCUUCUUCUUAUAGACUGAGAAGAAACCCUCCAUCGUCGGGGUUUAUAGGUAUAUGGUUAUCUCUUCAGCGUUGCAAGCGAGUCCGUGUAUUCGAAUACGUGCCAUCCGUACGCGCGACCCGCCGUUGCCACUAUCACGUGGCGCGCGACGACACGGCCUGCACCCUGGGCGCUUGGCAUCCUCUCGCCCAAGAAAAGGCUCUUGCUGAACGCAUCAGAGACAAUUCCGACAUAGAUGUGUUUCAGAAAGGCUAUAUUGAUAUUCCCGGCCUAAGCAACGUUGAUUGUUAAUGUAGCGGGAUGACAAGGCCUGCACACUAGACGCGUGGCGCCCAGACAAAGCCCAGAAAAAGAUUCUUAAUAGAACGUAUCAAUCAGAAAUAAUUCCGACAUAGAUUUGUUUUGGAAAGUCUUUACUGAUAUUUCCGGCCUAAUCUAUUUUACUUAUUUGAAAAAUCAACCAUGACUCAUUCGAGUUUUGCUUCGGCAUAUCCUUAGAUGGCAUAAUAAAAAUUGUACAGUUUCCCUCUAUGUUUUAGACAAGGAAAGAGUGGGAUCUUUUAUAUAGGUAUUCCAGAACGGGUGUAAUUCCAUGUAGGUAGUCCCGGAAAAAAAUGUUAGGUAUACUUGUAAGUAAACAUUACCAUAGCAUUUUAGCAAAGUAACUUCAUAUACUGAAAAGCUAAUGUCUUCCUCUAAGUAACUAGCAUUAUGGUGCCUAAAAUGUAUCGCACAAUAACUAGUGGAAUAAGUAUUAAAUAAAACAAAUCAUACAUACAUACAUACAUAUGGUCACGGUUAUAUCCCUUGCGGGGUAGACAGAGCCAUAGUCUUGAAAAGACUGAAUGGCCAUGCUCAGCUAUUUGGCUUAAUGAUAGAAUUAAGAUUAAAAUAGUGACAGGUUGCUAACCCAUCGCCCAAAAAAGUAUCCCAAGUUUGUAAGCCUAUCCCUUAGUCGCCUUUUACGACAUCCAUGGGAAAGAGAUGGAGUGGUCCUAUUCUUUUUUGUAUUGGUGCCGGGAACCACACGGCACACAAACAAAUUAAUAAUAUCUUUUAUUUCAAGACCCACCCAAAGCAUACCUACUUUUGUUAUCGUGCCGGAACAAAAAUUUAAUUGUCACUUUAUGUGAUUCAGGUAAGGCCAUGUCGGCCAUGAGAUGCCCUUGUGACUUGUAUUUUUAGCGUUUUGCUACUGAUGGUCAGUGGCCGCUGCUUGAAUACAGAUGGGUGUGCGCGGUGAUAUCGAUUAGCGAUUCAAGGCGUGCGCGCGGAAUCAGCAACAUCCGAGAUACUGCGGUGCUCCCAACGCUUCCGUCUUCUCGCUUCUCCCAUCAUCUGCAUACAACACGUCGUGCUCUACAUAAUAAAAGAUCACAUACAUUGUUGGACGCGAUUUGCAUUCCUUGUGCAGUUAGCGAUUUUGAUGGUCAGGUGUGAACUGUACAGGACAAUAAUGUUUAUCAGAAGUGAUUUAUGAUUGGGAAAAUCUAAUUCAUGUCGUUCAAUUGGCAGUCGUAGCAAAAUUGAACUUUGUUCGUAAACUUUACAGAAUUGCGUAUUUUCCUCUAAAGCAAUUUCUGGGGCAUCGCAUGGAAAUUUUCUGGAAUUCGUAAGCAUUUUGCAGCCAUGCCAGCAUUUAUGGCCAUUUGACGUAUAUUGCGCGUUGGGUAUAUUCCGCUAUGGUGUGUUUAUAUGCAAAUCAAAUAAUACAUUAAUUUACCUACUUACAAGGAAGCAUUGGAUAUGUGCCUAUUUCGUCCUA